AUGGGGUCGAUGCGCGCCUCUCCUGCCGCCCUCCUGCUGCUCGCCCUUGCCCUCAUCUGCGCAGUUCAGAUGAUGAAGGCAGCUCAUGGCGACGACACGGUGAGGGAAGCAGCGAGCAGGAAGGUCAACGCGAGGAUUGCGCAAGAGACCAGUGGCGUUUCCACAACGGUGGUGUUGGGUACUGCGCGGUUGAGCUUCAGCAGGCAGCGCUGCGUGAGCAUGCCCAAGAAAGCGGGGCGGAAAAGCGUGAAAGUGUGGUGGAACGGCCGUGGGGGUUUGAGCAACGUGGGUUCGGGCGGCGAGGCGACAGGUGUCGCGUGCUCACAGGUCAAGCUCUUCGGGAAGCGCGGCUGCCAGGGCAAGGUGGUGGAUAGCAUGGUCAACCCAGGCAUGACUGAGGCCAUGUUUCCAAGCAGCGAGACGAAGCUUCGCAAGGGGGCUUCAGUGGCUUCUGUCUUGUGCAAUGUUCCCGAGCAGCAGCAGGAGGAGGAAGAGACUCCGCCAGAGGUCAUCAGAGAUCCUGCGUGUGACGCGUUAAGCUGUGAGCCUGGUGGCAAAUGCGUGGUGGAUGGAAAUGGAGAGCGCUACUGCAAGUGGGACUCGUCCUGUGGCGUCUGCCCCACUGGAGCCACCUGCAAAACCGUGCCUGCGAGAUACUACCCAUCGGUGCAGGUGCCUUACUGCGCGUGCCCUCAAGGCUUUGGGAUAACCGAGACCAAGUGUGUUGCAGGUGGGGCUUCCGAUGUCUCUUCAUACAGCAUGACUCUACUCGCAAAUCCAGCAGCAAAGGACAGCUCAUCCCGGCCCUACACCUUACGCCUCAACCUGAGUGACUGCACUCAACUCCCAGCUGCAGUAGCUGGCAAGUACAGGACAAUCUAUAGUGUUGAAAACACUGACGAUGGUCCGAAAUGCGCCAGUAUCGAGUAUUUCUCGACUGAUAACUGUGAAGACGAUCCUGUCCGUGGAGGCCCCAUUACAACCCCUUCGCCAUUUGUUGCAUAUUUCGAACCGUGA